AUGCCUUCCUAAUAGUAGUCUCAAACAGAAAAAGAUAAAGUGAUAUUUAACAUAGAAUAGGUUUUAAAAGAUUGUAAAGAGAAGAGGGAACUUUCAGAAGUAGAAAGAUAGACUAAGUCUAUAAUAAGUUUAUCAAAUCAGAAUAUCAAAAAUUUUAAGAUUGUAGAAGAUGAUUCUGUAAAAAUCCCAAACGCAAAUAGAAGGUUAAUAAGAUACGAAAAUCCAGAAAAUAAAUGGUUUUGUUAUUACACAGAUAAUCUAUAAGAGCUUAAAAUGUCAAAAUAGAAUUUAGAGAUGCCAGAAUUAACAAUUUUAGCAUUGCAUGGAGGAGCUUUUGACUAUAAAGAGUUAUUAAAACUUGAGUAUGCAUUUGGUGAAAAAACAUGCAGAUGGAUAAAUUUUGCAUAUCCUGGGUACGAUGGAUUUGAUGAUAGCAGGGGAUCGUUUAAAGGGAGUGUAAGAGAGCAUUGUUAAUUGAUUGCUGAUCUGCUAGAUCAUUUAGAAAUCGGAUAAGUCAUAUUUUUAGGUCAUUCAUUUGGUGGUUAUUACAGAAAUUACUUUACUUUGAUGUAUCCUCAAAGAGUGAUAGGAACUGUAUCUAUUGCUACUCAUAGUUUUGAACAUAAUGUUGGAUUUAGAACUUGGGUUGAGUGCAUUGAAAGACCUUUGAGAGAGUAUCAAGUCACUUAGCCUGAGCUCUUAAAAAUGAUAUAGAAUUAGCCUGAAAAGAAAAAAGAAGUAAUAAAGAUAAUUCAAGACUCAUUCAAGUAUAUAAGGAGUAAUUUCGGAGUGUAAUUAGCAGAAUUAGAAGAAAAUAAAAUACUUACUUAAAUAAGAAUUCUUAUGCAAUAGGAUUAUCCUUUGGAAUUUAAAGAAACAUUUAAAUUUUUGAAUCCAAACAUCCCUCAUUUAAUUACAUUUGGUUUUGAUGACCCUCUCAUCACUCUAGAUAAGCAAACUGAGACAAUAUAUUACUUGUAAAAUAACACAAGUAGAAAGCAAUUUAAGCUUAAAAGAACACCAGAAGUAGAAAAAAUAUUGGAAGGAGUAGAUUUUGAUUAUGAAAAAGAUGUCUUUUAUGAUAAUUUCUUGUUUAUGUUUGAAAAAUGUGGUCAUGUACCUCAUUUAAAAAGAGCAAAUGAGCUAGGCUAUUGCUUACGUAUAUUUUCCAUACUAAUUAAUUACUUAAACACAACUAAUUAACUAAAUCAUCUCCUCACAUAAUUUCCAAAGCUAUGA